GAGCUACUAGUACCGCUUGGGCUGGUGUAUGAACCGCUGUUGCUUCUCUUUCCCUUUGUCACAGACACCCUCUCCCUCACCGCUCUCAUCCAUUUGACGUCCAUAGGAAGCAUUACAGCAUCGGAAGAUGUCUUCUCCCAGCAAACGGCGUGAGAUGGAUUUGAUGAAGCUGAUGAUGAGUGAUUACAGGGUGGAGAUGAUCAAUGAUGGCAUGCAGGAGUUCUAUGUGGACUUCCGUGGCCCCAAAGACAGUCCUUAUCAGGGCGGUGUGUGGAGGAUAAGGGUCGAGUUGCCCAAUGCUUAUCCAUACAAGUCACCUUCCAUUGGCUUCGUCAACAAAAUCUACCACCCCAAUGUUGAUGAGAUGUCAGGUUCGGUGUGUCUGGAUGUUAUCAACCAAACCUGGAGCCCCAUGUUUGAUUUGGUGAAUGUGUUUGAAGUGUUUCUUCCUCAACUCCUUCUGUAUCCCAACCCUUCGGAUCCACUAAAUGGAGAAGCUGCUGCUCUGAUGAUGCGGGACAAAUCUACUUAUGAACAAAGAGUCAAAGAGUACUGCGAGAGAUAUGCAAAGCCAGAAGAUAUUGGGGCAGCCCCUGAAGAGGAAUCAAGCGAUGAGGAGCUGAGCGAGGAUGACUUUGCAUCGAGCGAUGAAGAAGUUGUUGGGAAACCUGAUCCUUAGAAGGAAAAACAAAUUUAAAGAAAAAAGAACUCGAUGUCUGCCCAUAAAAUAUUUCUACAUGUAAAUGAUUUUAAAUAUGGAUCAUCCUGGAUGAAUCAAAGCUAUAAAAGGUUUCCGGGGGAAGAUGAGUACAUUAUUUAUCUGGGGGUUGUUGGAAUAUUGGAUUCACUUUGGAACUCCGCAAUUUCA